CAUGGUUUUGUUUGAACUUUCGAUUAUUAUCGGUUGAAGAUAUCAAGAUGCAGACUAUGUAUGAUUCACUAGAAGACUACGAAAGAGACAUUUAUGGUCUUGGUAGUGACAGUGAUUCAGGGGAUGAUGCAGAGAAGAAAAACAUUGAAUGCCAAUUGUAUCAGCAAAUGCACUAUGCACAGACCUCGGAUGAGGUUGAUAAUGAUUAUACAAUCACACCGAGUGAUGCUGUCAAGUUAUCAGCUGCUGAUUCUGAUAGUGUUGUAUUUUUGAAAUCUACCCAUGUUCCUAAAAAAAGAAAAUCUGAAGUUAUUUUCAUAUCAAGUGAUUCUGAUGUCCAACCUUCCAAAAAAAGAAAAGAAGAACAUUUUGCAUCACUUGCACCUAUAUCUGAGACAAGUCUGGAACAGUCAGAUUGUAAAAUAAAAUUAGAUCACUUGCAAAUGAAAAAGAAUAAGAAAUCCAAUAAAUUUGCUAAGAAAUCUAAAUUUAGAAAAGGAAAAGAAUCAUCCAGUACACCUACAAUCCGUAUUUCUAGCGAUGAAGAAAGUGUUGCGGAAUGGACAGUCAUUGAUGACAUCACUGAUCCACAACCUGAUUUGAUGAUGAAUGUGACUAACAUGUGGAGUUCACAACAAACAUCAAAAACAUCUAAAGAUUGGAAAAUUGAAUUAGAAGACAAGAUGAAUAACAUCCAGAAUAGUGAAAAAAAAUCAAAGAGCCAUCAUAAACGAUACUACGCUUCAAAGUCUUCAAUAAGAUGUCACAAAUGUGGAGAGUGUGGACAUCUUUCAAAAUACUGCACUCAGCCAAGGGUUAGUAAAGUUACAGAAAGCAUUAAAGACAUCAUGAACAGACUUCACUUUCUAAUGAGAGUGAUCACUCCACUCACUCAGCAAAGGGUAAAUAAGAAUUACAGAGAUCAUUAA